UCUCAGCUUGAACUCUUCCAGGAAACAAGUUCUCUGCUUCUCUUGCGAAAUCUAGCGGACUGUCCCGCCCUUCUCUGGCUUCUUAUAGCAGCGAGAGCCACAAGCCGCAGCACUGAGCUGCAGGCGCGGCGAAACUUCGCUCUACCCGCCCGGUCCGCGGCACGCACCGGCUGCGCUGGACGCUUCCUCCUUGGAAGCGCCUCUCCCACAGUUAUGGAGAAAACUUGUAUAGAUGCACUUCCUCUUACUAUGAAUUCUUCAGAAAAGCAAGAGACUGUAUGUAUUUUUGGAACUGGUGAUUUUGGAAGAUCACUGGGAUUGAAAAUGCUCCAGUGUGGUUAUUCUGUUGUUUUUGGAAGUCGAAACCCCCAGAAGACCACCCUACUGCCCAGUGGUGCAGAAGUCUUGAGCUAUUCAGAAGCAGCCAAGAAGUCUGACAUCAUAAUCAUAGCAAUCCACAGAGAGCAUUAUGAUUUUCUCACAGAAUUAACUGAGGUUCUCAAUGGAAAAAUAUUGGUAGACAUCAGCAACAACCUCAAAAUCAAUCAAUAUCCAGAAUCUAAUGCAGAGUACCUUGCUCAGUUGGUGCCAGGAGCCCACGUGGUAAAAGCAUUUAACACCAUCUCAGCCUGGGCUCUCCAGUCAGGAGCACUGGAUGCAAGUCGGCAGGUGUUUGUGUGUGGAAAUGACAGCAAAGCCAAACAAAGAGUGAUGGAUAUUGUUCGUAAUCUUGGACUUACUCCAAUGGAUCAAGGAUCACUCAUGGCAGCCAAAGAAAUUGAAAAGUACCCCCUGCAACUAUUUCCAAUGUGGAGGUUCCCCUUCUAUUUGUCUGCUGUGCUGUGUAUCUUCUUGUUUUUCUAUUGUGUUAUAAGAGAUGUAAUCUAUCCUUAUGUUUAUGAAAAGAAAGAUAAUACAUUUCGUAUGGCUAUUUCCAUUCCAAAUCGUAUCUUUCCAAUAACAGCACUUACACUGCUUGCUUUGGUUUACCUCCCUGGUGUUAUUGCUGCCAUUCUACAACUGUACCGAGGCACAAAAUACCGUCGAUUCCCAGACUGGCUUGACCACUGGAUGCUUUGCCGAAAGCAGCUUGGCUUGGUAGCUCUGGGAUUUGCCUUCCUUCAUGUCCUCUACACACUUGUGAUUCCUAUUCGAUAUUAUGUACGAUGGAGAUUGGGAAACUUAACCGUUACCCAGGCAAUACUCAAGAAGGAGAAUCCAUUUAGCACCUCCUCAGCCUGGCUCAGUGAUUCAUAUGUGGCUUUGGGAAUACUUGGAUUUUUUCUGUUUGUACUCUUGGGUAUCACUUCUUUGCCAUCUGUUAGCAAUGCAGUCAACUGGAGAGAGUUCCGAUUUGUCCAGUCCAAACUGGGUUAUUUGACCCUGAUCUUGUGUACAGCCCACACCCUGGUGUACGGUGGGAAGAGAUUCCUCAGCCCUUCAAAUCUCAAAUGGUAUCUUCCUGCAGCCUACGUGUUAGGGCUUAUCAUUCCUUGCACCGUGCUGGUGAUCAAGUUUGUCCUAAUCAUGCCAUGUGUAGACAACACCCUUACAAGGAUCCGCCAGGGCUGGGAAAGGAACUCAAAACACUAGAAAAAGCAUUGAAUGUAAAAUCAGAUAUUUAAAACAAAGUUCAAUUUAGCUGGUGUUCUGAACUAUGGUUUCGAAUGUUUAAAGAAGAAUGAUGGGUACAGUUAGGAAAGCUUUUUUCUUACACUGUGACUGAGGGAAACAUUGCUUGUCUUUGAGAAAUUGACUGACAUACUGGAAGAGAACACCAUUUUAUCUCAGGUUAGUGAAGAAUCAGUGCAGGUCCCUGACUCUUAUUUUCCCAGAGACCAUGGGGCUGAGAUUGAGACUAGCCUUGCGGUUUCACACUAAAGAGUUUCCUUGUUAUGGGCAACAUGCAUGACCUAAUAUCUUGUGAAAUCCAGUAGAAGUAUUGCAACUUCCUUCUCUGGCUCAAGGGCUGAGUUAAGUGAAAGGAAAAACAGCACAAUGGUGACCACUGAUAAAGGCUUUAUUAGGUAUAUCUGAAGAAGUGGGUCACAUGAAAUGUAAAAAGGGAAUGAGUUUUUUUGUUGUUUUUUGGAAAUAAAGGCAAACAUAAAUAUUACCAUGAUGAAUUCUAGUGAAAUGACCCCUUGACUUUGCUUUUCUCAAUACAGAUAUUUACUGAGAGGAACUAUUUUUGUAACACAAGAAAAAUUUACAAUUGAUUAAAAGUAUCCUUGUCUUGGAUACAUACAAAUCUAUAGAGCUGGCAUGUAAUUCUUCCUCUAUAAAGAAUAAGUACAGGAAAGAUGAAAUAAAAAUGGAGGGAUAUCCCCUUGGAUUUCACUUGCAUUGUGCAAUAAGAAAAGAAGGGUUGAUAAAAGUUCUUGAUCAAAAAGUUCAAAUAAACCAGAAUUCUAGACAGCAAGCUAAAUAAAUAUUGUAAAAUUGCACUAUAUUAGGUUAAGUAUUAUUUAGGUAUUAUAAUAUGCUUUGUAAAUUUUAUAUUCCAAAUAUUGUUCAAUAUUUGUCAUCUAUUAAAUUAAUUUCUAGUAUAAGUAGCUUCUAUAUCUGUCUUAGUCUAUUAUAAUUGUAAGGAGUAAAAUUAAAUGAAUAGUCUGCAGGUAUAAAUUUGAACAAUGCAUAGAUGAUCAAAAAUUACGGAAAGUCAUAGGACAGAGAGGUGUGAAGAUUCAUCAUUAUGUGAAAUUUGGAUCUUUCUCAAAUCCUUGCUGAAAUUUAGGAUGGUUCUCACUGUUUUUCUGUGCUGAUAGUACCCUUUCCAAGGUGACCUUCAGGGGGAUUAACCUUCCUAGCUCAAGCAAGGAGCUAAAAGCCUUAUGCAUGAUCUUCCCACAUACCAAAAUAACUAAAAGGCACUGAGUUUGGCAUUUUUCUGCCUGCUCUACUAAGACCUUUUUUUUUUUUUUUAACUUUCAUUAUAACAUAUUAUACAUGACAUUAUACAAAAAUGAUUAAAAUAUAUUAAAACAACAUCAACAAUCCAGGAUAUUUUUCUAUAAAACUUUAAAAAAAUAAUUGUAUCUACAUUAUAUAUUCAAUUUUACAUCUUUUUUUAAAGACUUUGUUUUUCUAAAGGCUUCGUUUUCCUUUUUUUUUUAUUUUUUAUUUUUUUGAGACAGUCUUGCUCUGUCGCUCAGGCUGGAGUGCAGUGGCAUGAUCUCAGCUCACGGCAACCUCCUCCUCCCAGGUUCAAGUGAUUCUUGUGCAUCAGCCUCCCGAGUAGCUGGGACUACAGGCAUGUGCCACUAUGCCCAGCUAAUUUUUGUGCUUUUAGUAGAGACAGGGUUUCGCCACAUUGGUCAGGCUGGUCUUGAACUGCUGGCCUCAAGUGAUCUGCCUGCCUCCGCCUCACAAAGCACUGGGAUUACAGGCAUGAAUCUGGCCUUACGUGAUAUAUUUUCUUAAUGGCUGCAUAAUAUCACAUCAAAUAGGCAUUUUUCAAACCUCUUUCCUUAUUAAACAUGUAGACUAUAUCCAUUUUUUACUAAAAUAAAUAACAUUUCAGAUAAUAUCUUUGCACUGAUAAUGUUGCCAAGUCAUUUCUAAAGUGACCUUAUCAAUUUAAUUACCAUUGGAUGAGGGUGUUGCUUUCAUUGCACCAUUGUAGAUUGUCUUUUUUAUUUCAAUUUGCUUUUAUUUAUAACUGGUUGCAAAGGUACACAGAACACAUGCUCCUUCAACUUAUCUUUGAUAAACCCAAGCAAGGAUACAAAAAGUUGGAUGACAUUGAGUAGAGUCUUGGUAUAUGGUGCUGACCCUACAGUAUCAGUGGAAAAGAUAAGGAAAGUGUCACUACUCACCUAUGUUAUGCAAAACAGUUAGGUGUGCUGGGGCUGGAUACUGCUCUUUUACUUGAGCAUUGGUUGAUUAAAGUUUAAGUACCAUCCAGGCUGGUCUAGAGAAGUCUUUGGAGUUAACCAUGCUCUUUUUUGUUAAAGAAGGGAGUAAUGUGUUUAUCAUGGCUCAUAGUCCGUCACUGAAAAUAGAAAAUGCCAUACAUAGGUAAAAUGCUAACCUAUAGAAAAAAAUGAACUCUACUUUUAUAGCCUAGUAAAAAUGCUCUACCUGAGUAGUUAAAAGCAAUUCAUGAAGCCUAAAGCUAAAGAGCACUCUGGUGGUUUUGGCAUAAUAGCUGCAUUGCCAGACCUGACCUUUGGCCCCAACCACAAGAGCUCCAAGCCCCACCAGCUGACCAAAGAAAGCCCAAGUUCUCCUUCUGACCUUCCCACAACCUCCCUCCUCCCAAAACUAUGAAAUUAAUUUGACCCUAUUAACACAGCUGACUCCUCCAGUUUACUUAAGGUAGAAAGAAUGAGUUUACAACAGAUGAAAAUACGUGCUUUGGGUGAACUGUAGUCCUUUUAACAGAUCCAAACUAUUUUACAUUUUUAAAAAAAGUUAAACUAAACUUCUUUACUGCUGAUAUGUUUCCUGUGUUCUAGAAAAAUUUUUAUACUUUCAUAUAUUUUUGUACACUUUCCCCAUGUUAAGGGAUGAUGGCUUUUAUAAAUGUGUAUUCAUUAAAUGUUACUUUAAAAAUA